CUAAUGUUUGCAUAUAGGCCGCCUCCAUUCCAGAAGGCCAGAACGAGCUCAAGAGGAAUCAGCUCCGAGAGCUUGCUGCGCUCAACGGUACUCUUCGUGACGAUGAGAACCAAGCUUGCCAGAACUGUGGCCAAAUCGGACAUCGCAAAUAUGACUGCCCUGAACAGCGCAACUUCACUGCCAAUAUUAUAUGUCGUGUUUGCGGCAACGCAGGACACAUGGCUCGUGAUUGUCCAGAUCGCCAGAGAGGCAGCGACUGGCGCAAUAAUAACAACGGUGGCUUUGGCAACCGCAGAGCUAUUGGCCAAGGUGACGCUGUCGACCGCGAGAUGGAGCAACUGAUGCAAGAAUUGUCCGGUGGCGCUCCUGGCCCCGACGGACAUGCUCCUCGCCGGAUUGAAGCUGGUCCCGACCAAGGUUAUGAUGACCGUGACGCAAAGCCGUGGCAGCGUGCUCCCCCUCCAAGCGAUGUGGCCCCCUGGCAGCAACGCGGCCGUGACAAUCGCCGCGACGACUACGGCGCCCGCGACCAUGGCAGUGCUCCCCCAUGGGCUGCACAGGGCCGUGGCGGCAACGACUAUGGGUACGGAUCGCAUGGUGGCUAUGGUGCGGCUCCUGGCGCAUCAGCAGCAGCAGCAGCAUCAUCAGCAGCAGCAGCUACUACCGCUCCAUGGCAGCAACAAGCUCCACCGCCGCCACCUGGUGGGCAGGCUUCAUACGGAUACGGCUCCUAUUCUUCGUACCCUCCCCCUGCAGCGAGCAUGGGAGCUCCCGGAGCUCCUCCAGGUCUGGGUGUUCCUCCUCCUCCUCCGCCCGGCAUGCCGUCCAUGUACUACGGUGCUGGUGGCAGCCCUCCACCUCCUCCACCUGGUGAAGGACCUCCUCCUCCAGUACGUUCAUACCAUCCAUUUUUAAUUAUAAUGGGGGAAACUUUUUGAACUAAUUUGAGCUACAGCCGGCCAGCGACCAGCCCCCACCACCCCCUCCCCCAGCUUAAAUCAAAUAUCACGUACAUUUCCCUAAAAUGAGGCAGGAAUCAGAGCUGUUGCAAAAAGGGUAAGGGAGCAAUCAGCUCUGAUAAAUGAGAGA